UAUAUGUUACCAGAGGAUUGAAUGAUAUGAUAGAGAGGGUGAUAGAUAGUGCAUUGCUUUGCAGGGUUUGCACACGCAUGUCGAAUCACGUUCAUACAUAGUCGCUACUCCCAAACUACCCAUCCAAUUCAUACCCACAGCGCCGUCCCAUUCAAAUUCGAUGGUGCGGUGACGGUGCACCACCACCACCACCAUGUGACCAAAUUCAAAACCCUAACCCUAACUCUCUGGAUUGAAUUUUCUGAUUCCCCAAAAUGAGCAGCAAUGACAUGAUGGGGCAGAAGCUUCCCCCUCCGACACUGGUGGAUCGAUUCAAGGCUCUACUCCGGCGACGCGAUGAUGACCCUCGCUUUAGGGCUUCCGAAGAGAUUGUCCAGAUUUACGAGCUCUUGUUGUCUGAACUCACCUGCAAUCUCAAGCCCAUCAUCACCGAUCUCACCAUCAUCGCCGAGCAGCAGAGGGAACACGCUGAGGGCAUUGCUGAUGCUAUUUGCACCAGGAUUCUCGAGGUGCAUGCAGAUCAAAAGCUUCCUUCACUUUAUCUUUUGGACAGUAUUGUGAAGAAUGUUGGCCAGGAAUAUGUUAAAUACUUCUCUUUACGGCUACCUGAAGUUUUCUGUGAGGCAUACAGGCAGGUUCAACCUCACUUGCAUUCUGCUAUGCGUCAUCUCUUUGGUACCUGGUCCAAAGUCUUCUCUGCUCCUGUUCUACGUAAGAUUGAAGCUCAAUUGCAAUUUUCACGAGGAGUUAAUAACCAACCAUCCAAUGUCAAUCCCCUCAGGACUUCUGAAUCACCUCGACCAACUCAUGGGAUACAUGUUAAUCCAAAAUACGUAAGACAGAUGGAAUGCUCUAGUUCAAAUAUAGAUAGUGUUGGAGGUGAAAGGUUGGACUCAACAGGGACAGGAGGUAAUACAAGCUUUGGCCUCGUAGCUAACAAAAUCCAUCAAUUUGGGCCUAGUAGGCAUGGAAGGUCCUCCUCACCAUCAAGAAUUGGAAUUGAUAUGCCUUUGUCCACAUAUGCGGAUGAAUAUCCCGCUGACAAUUCUACUGGCAGGACAAUUGAGAGAGAAUCUCCUCAUCAUGCAGUUGAUUAUGGAGUAGUUAAAACAUUAGGUAGAGAAGAAGAGUUGAGUGAAUGGCAGAGAAAGCAGUUUUCUGGUGAUAGUCGGAAGAGAUUUCAAACUAUGACAUACAGUCUUAGUAACGGACAACAGCGUCAAAGUCCUAGAGCUCUGAUUGAUGCAUAUGGAAGUGACAAAAGUCAAGAAACUUCUAGCAGUAAACCUUUCUUAGUUAAACGGCUUGGUAGAAAUGGUAUAGACAAGGUUUCGACAACGUCAUGGCAGAAUACUGAAGAGGAGGAGUUCGAUUGGGAAGAUAUGAGUCCAACAUUAGUAGAACAUAAUAGAAAUAAUGGUUUUCUGCAGUCAACUACUGGUUUCACCACGGAAAUGCCAGUUACUGUUGCAGCUAAUGCAAUUUCUUCUGAGCAAGAUACCAGGACGGGUUGGUCUAGUGGGUCUCAGCUUCUUCCGGUUGAUGAUUCCUCAGUUAUAGCCGAAGAUGUAUUCGCCUCUUCAGCUUAUUCUCGUGUACCACUGGGUCAGGUAUCUGGAUUCCAGAAUCCAAUAAAUCAGAGUCUAGGCUCUGGUCAGCGUAAUGAUGCUUGGAAGAUUUCUAGUCAUCCAUCUAAUUCUACACGACACCCCUUUAAUGUUAUGGGAGGAGGUAGAAAUCUUCUGAUGCCUCCUAUUGAUAACAUUCCCAAUACUGAUGUAAACUCGUAUGGUGCUCGGCUGGCUGCGUCAAGGAUGCUUCCUGGUCUCAAGUCCAAUGUGGAGGGUGGUCCUCCACCAGUUUUGCCAGCAACUUUUGAAAUGAGGCCCUCUGUAAAUGUGCAUGCUGCUCGUCCUCCCAGCUUAAACCCUGCAUUUCAGUUUAAAAACAAUGUCAGAUUUGAAUCAAUAAAUGCUAAUAAUAACAGUGCAAAUCAUGGUCCCAAUAAUUCCUUGCUUAUGCGUGAGCAGUCAUUGUACAAUGUUGAGGACAAAGACUUUAGUAAAGGGAACCUAUAUCAAUUGCCUAAUCAGCAAUCUGGUCUGGUUUCAUCUAACCCACAAAACCGAGGACAAGCACCUCAACUACAGUUUUUUCCCUCUCAGGAUCCGGCAGCAUCACAAUUUAGUGGGAGCUCUUUUCAAGGACAUGGUGGUGCUAGAAAUACACAUUUGUCAAAUGCGCCACCAAACAUGCCAUUCCCUUUACCAGGCCAAAAUAUGGUGAAUAACUCUUUACAUUUUCUGGGGGGAGCCUUGCGACCCUUACAUCCAGCCCGGCCGCCAUUGCUACCUCAUCCUAAUCAUACUCCUCUUGUUUCAAGUCAACGGCCAACUGUUCCAUAUUCUAAUUUGUUUAGUUCACUCGUCGCCCAAGGUGUAAUCUCAUUUCCUAAUCAGGCUCCUGCACAGGAUUCUGUUGGAAUUGAGUUCAAUCUGGAUAUUCUGAAGGUGCGUCAUGAAUCUGCAAUCAGUGCUUUAUAUGGUGAUCUCCCUAGACAAUGUACAACUUGUGGUCUCCGUUUCAAAUGCCAAGAUGAGCACAGUAAUCACAUGGAUUGGCAUGUGACUAAGAACAGGAUGUCUAAAAACCGUAAGCAGAAGCCUUCUCGUAAGUGGUUUGUGAGUGAGAGGAUGUGGCUUAGUGGUGCAGAGGCAUUAGGAACAGAAUCAGCUCCAGGUUUUUUGCCAAAUGAUACGGUUGAGGAAAAGAAAGAUGAUGAAGAGUUGGCUGUUCCUGCUGAUGAGGACCAGAAUACAUGUGCAUUAUGUGGAGAACCUUUUGAUGAGUUUUACAGUGAUGAAACGGAGGAGUGGAUGUAUAGAGGAGCUGUGUAUCUUAAUGCACCCAACGGAACAACAGCAGGUUUGGACAGGUCACAAUUAGGCCCCAUCAUUCAUGCUAAGUGCAGAUCUGAAUCUAGUGUGGCUCCAUCAGAUGAUUUUGUGCUGGAUGAAGGGGGCACCACUGAGGAAGGUGGUCAAAGAAAACGAAUUCGGAGUUGACUAGAGCUGACCAUUUUUGUGCCCUGUAACUUAUGAGUUUCUGUUUAGCAUAUGCUCUUACAUUAUUUUUGAAGUAGAGCUGAAUCUUUUGUAAUACAUAGCCUCUUGCCUAAAUCAUGUACAUGUAUAGUUGCUCCAGUUCCAGUUCCGUGCAAAUUUUUCUUGCUAUCACAGGUUAUAUAUACUCAUCAAUAUUUUAGUUCCUGACAACUAUUGUUAGCAAAAAGAAAAAGAAACUGUCAAAAAAACUAUCGGAUAUUCGGAUUACUAGUUCUACAUUAUUUUUGGGAUGGGGGGCCAUGGAGCAAGAUGCUGUGUUGGAUCAGUUAUUUUAUCUGGGAAUUUGCAAAGAUUCAUGAGUA